AUGCAAAGGUGUGGGACCAACGGCACGGCCUCGCCAGCGCCACGGGAGGCGGCCCAUGCCAAUGAUAUAUUCAGAAGGAUGAGUUACUACCACCUGCGACGACUGCGCGCGUUCUACGCGCACUACGCCCCGCCCACUGUGCCGCAGUGUUGCAUGCAUCUGCAGCAGUACUCUGGGCGGGAGGAGGCGACGCUUGAGGCGCUGCGGCGCGUGCAUGGCUCUGAGCCCGUCCACCUCGGCUCCGCUGGAGCGGGCCAUGGCAGCUGGUGA